AUGGCCAAAGAUUUUAUUUACAUUGUUGAAGCCGAGCGUCCAACUGCUAUUGCAACCAUAGAAGCGAUGGUAAAAACAGGUUCAACGCACUCAAAUAGACGUCUUCAAAUUACAGCGGCGGUCACUUCAAAGGCUACGCCAGAGACGCACGCGAAACUUGUUUCUCUGGGAUGCAACGUAGUAGAAUUUGACGAAACAGUUCCCGCACAGAUUCCUAUCGGAGAAGUACACAAAAUGAUGAUUGUUCUCUCACCGGAACGUCUUGAUGCCGGUGUCGCUUAUAUUGAGGCGGCGAAACGCGCAAAUGUUCCUUUUGUAUUGUUGCAGUCGGUGCUAUUGGCCGAUGUACGACAAGAUUACGUGGGAAAACAAUUUGCGGAAGCUGAGAAAAGACUUCAAAGUUUGUUUGGUAAAAAGGAAUGUGAACCACAACAUGAAAAACAUCAGGAACCUACCAAUAUCAAAGCAAGGGAUAAUAUUUCUCAGGAAGAAUGUAUCAGUGAAUUAAGAAAACACCAUCAAUGUUCUCAUUGGUCUGUUUUACGUGUUGGUAUCUAUGACCAUUAUUUGUUGGCACUCAAAGAUUGUAUUCGUAAGGGUGUUUUGGAUUUGCCAAUUGGUAAUGGAAAGUUUGCUCCUGUCGCUGUAGAAGAUGUCGGCAAAGCGGCAGCUCACAUUCUCGAUAAAUCCGAAAAUCACAGUGAGCAUAUUUACAACAUUACCGGGCCAGAGCUCGUAAAUGGCGAGAUCCUCGCCAAAGGACUAACCGAUACUCUUCACCACCAGCUCACCUAUAAGCCGACCGAAGACAAAAAUCACAUCGCUCAAGAACACAUUAAGAAGAACAUCACAUCGACAACUGAGCAAGACAACGUCCUCGAAUUGUAUGAACUGGUCAAACAAGGCAAGUUGGAAAUUAUUAGUCCUCACUUUACCGAGAUUGAGGCUUUUAGGUCGAAAACCCUUGAGCAGUUCUUUUUAGAACAUAAGGAGGAAUUGAUUGGUGCUUAA